CAUGCGACCGCCUGGUCGCUGGAAGUCUGUGUGCUGGUCGUGCCCCGCCGCCUCACCCAGGAACUGGUGUCUGUGGGCCAGUUUAAGCGUCCCUUCGAAAUCGGAUCCCGUCUUUAGGGCACGACCCCUAAAGUUUGGUCUGAAGACUCGUGAGCAGCCUGAGCGCCGAGGAGCGCCCUGAGCGCUCCAACUAGCCCUGGAAACGUUUUUCCGUACAGCAACAUGGCGGCGCCCAUGGACUCUUAGAAAAAGAGAGGUUUUUUCCUGUCUCUUUCUGAAGGACUGAAAGGGGAGUUUUUCUUGAUCACUAUUUAGAUGGGUGCUGUUUUCAUAAGGAGAGUCUGGGAAGGCGGCGUCCGCUUUUCUGACAAGGGAAGAGGAUACUUUGUCCUUUUAAGGAUUCAGUGACUUCCUGACUUGGAGGAUAGUGGCUAGACCCAAGGACCAAAGCAAGAAGUCGUGGGGGCCCCAGAAAGACAGGAGGAUCACAUUGAGAUUCCAGAUAUAAGAUCAGGUUUUAACCCCCUUUGGCCAAAUUUUGGCUGAAAAUGUUGAAUUAUCAACUCUGAAAUUAAAAAGAGUUUAUAUUAAAACAUUGCAAUUUUCCUUAGAAUUUCUGUAUAUAUUAACAUAUCAUGAAUGCUAAAUUCUCUUCAAUGUUCAUGUCAGGUUUAUGUACUUGUACAUCACAUCUUUGUGUAUGAAGUGUAUGUUUAUUGAAAUACAAGACAUUGAAGAAGCUGAUCUGGAAAGUUAGAUUUUACUUCUAGUUCCUAAUUCCCAGAGGCUUUUUUAAGGGAAGGGAAUGUCUGUGGUACACCAGUUGUCAGCUGGGUGGUUACUGGAUCAUCUUUCUUUUAUCAACAAGAUAAACUAUCAACUUCACCAGCAUCAUGAACCUUGUUGCAGUAAAAAUGAGUUCACCACUUCUGUUCACUUUGAGUCUCUUCAAAUGGAUUCUGUGUCCUCUUCUGGAGCCUGUGCUGCAUUUAUUGCUUCUGACCCUACCACUAAGCCAGAGAAUGAUGAUGGAGGAAAUUACGAAAGGUUCACACAAAAAUUUGUUUUUCGACCUGAACUGUUUGAUGUCACCAAACCUUAUAUAACUCCAGCUGUUCACAAAGAAUGCCAGCAAAGUAAUGAAAAGGAAGAUCUGAUGAAUGGUGUUAAAAAAGAAAUCUCCAUUUCUAUUAUUGGGAAGAAGCGUAAAAGAUGUGUUGUUUUCAAUCAAGGUGAAUUGGAUGCGAUGGAAUACCAUACAAAGAUCAGGGAGCUGAUUUUGGAUGGAUCUUUACAGUUAAUCCAGGAAGGUCUCAAAAGUGGUUUUCUUUAUCCACUUUUUGAAAAACAGGACAAGUGUAGUAAGCCCAUUACUUUACCAUUUGAUACCUGCAACUUGCCAGAAUUAUGUGAAAUGGCAAAACAUUUGCCUUCUCUAAAUGAAAUGGAACAUCAGACAUUACAAUUGCUGGAAGAGGAUACAUCUGUUGCAGAACAGGAUUUAUUUUUGCGAGUUGUUGAAAACAACUCUAGCUUUACAAAAGUGAUUACUUUAAUGGGACAAAAAUACCUGCUACCACCGAAAAGCAGUUUUCUUUUAUCUGACAUUUGUUGUAUGCAACCACUUCUGAACUAUAGGAAAGCAUUUGAUGUAAUUGUGAUAGAUCCGCCAUGGCAGAACAAAUCAGUUAAAAGAAGUAAUAGGUACAGUUAUUUGUCACCCCUGCAAAUAAAGCAAAUACCUAUCCGUAAAUUGGCUGCUCCAAACUGUCUUCUUGUUACUUGGGUGACCAAUAGACAGAAGCACCUACGUUUUAUAAAGGAAGAACUUUAUCCCUCUUGGUCUGUGGAGGUAGUUGCUGAGUGGCACUGGGUAAAAAUCACCAAUUCAGGAGAGUUCGUGUUCCCAUUAGAUUCUCCACACAAAAAGCCUUAUGAAGGUCUUAUACUGGGGAGAGUUCAAGAAAAAACUGCUCUACCAUUGAGGAAUGCAGAUGUAAACGCGCUCCCCAUUCCAGACCACAAAUUAAUUGUCAGCGUGCCCUGUACUCUUCACUCACAUAAGCCACCGCUUGCUGAGGUUUUAAAAGACUACAUCAAGCCAGAUGGGGAAUAUUUGGAAUUGUUUGCUCGAAAUUUACAGCCAGGUUGGACUAGUUGGGGCAAUGAAGUUCUCAAAUUUCAGCAUGUGGAUUAUUUUAUUGCUCUGGAGUCUGGAAGCUGACUAUGAUCUUGAUUAAAGUAGUGGUUUCUUCAUUGUUUCCUCACCACUUUUCCCUUCAUUCUAACUCACUUUUUUUAUUUUGUUACUAACCCAUAUUCUUAAAAUAUAAACAGGGCUUUUUUUUUUUUCAGUAAGGGACCAGAAGUGACUAGCCUUCAUGUAAUUUUGAGAUGAAUUUUACUUGAGAUGCACUAACAUUCUAUGUUGUUCUAGACUAUACAAAUUAAGUGGUAAGCAGUUACAAAGAUGGCAAGACCAUGCUAUUGAAAAAGACCAUGCUAUUGAAAAAGAAAACAUACACCGUGGACCAGAGGUCAUAAUCCUAUCUAUGGAUGUGUUUUGUGUGGCCCAUGUAGUGCUGUAAAAAACGUUUAGAACCAUUAUUCUAAAAAAUGGGCAUAUUUCACAUUAAAGUUCAGAUUUCUGCUUCUUUUUUAAACAUCAGAGACUCUGGCUACACCGAGGCCUCUGUACUUUCCUGGCAUCAGUCUGCAGGACCUAGUGGUGCUGGCUCACUUGGAAAGAGCCUUGUGCUCUCCACUUUGCCACAGUACCACUGCCGCUGUACUGCUCACUUAUGUCAUCCACUUGGCCCUUGUAUGACCUGAAUUUGCAACCUUGGUAUACUGUUAGGUAUACUAUAACGUUCUGGAAAAAAUAUUCAAAGACCUGCCAAGUACUGUAUUAGUAUUCUGAGUUUAUACAGCAUUUUUGUAGGGUUUUAAAUUGUAUUCAAGGUCACUUUCCAAGCACUUCUGGGUUUUGCUUUUCUAGAAGAAAAUGAAAAGCUAUUCCUUAUAAUAAACAUGGAAGCAAGUAAACACUGUGAUUGUGAAAAAAAUAUUAUUUAUAGAUUUUCUACACAUUAAUAUUUGUCUACCAAGUAAAAUAUUUUGACUGAAAUUAUUCUUUGAAAUGCAUAUUGAUUUAUGUGUAUUUUUAAAAAAUUGAGGUAUAAUUUUCACAAAAUUCUCCAAUUUUCAGUGUCGAAUUCAGUGAAUUUUGAAAACAAUAUAUACAGUUGUCUGUCUGCCACAGUGAUCGUGAUACAGAACACUUUCUUCACCCCGAAAACGUCUCAUUUUUUCUUUUGCAGUCAAUCCCCUGCUCCUAUCCUUGGCCCCUGGCAAACAGUGGUUUGCUUUCUAUCAUUAGUUCUGCUGUUUGAGAAUUUCAUAUAAAUGGAAUCAUCCUGUAGUAUGUCAUCUAUUGUGCCUGGCUUCUUUCACUUAGCAUUUUGAGAAAAGCAUUUAUACUAUUUACAGAUUGUCGACAAAUAUUUAUCCACUAAGUAAAAUGUUAGACUGAAAUGAUUCUUUGACAAGCUUGCCAAUUUUACUGAUUUUGUCAAAGAAAAAUAUGUUAUUUUUGAAGUUUGUUCAUCCUUUGAGCGUGUGGAGUUUAGUAUCAGAGGCUUAAUUUUGUGUUUAUGGAGCUAUUCUAACUUGUUAUUUAGAAGGGAAAAGGUAUUAAACGUGAAGCAAACUUCUCACGAUCUCA